AGAAACCGUCCGGAAUUUUCUCCACCACGACCUCGGGUCCGUUGGGUAAUAAAAAUUGGCUAUAUAUGUAUACUGGUCACGGUCGUCUUUUCCUCUUUCUCUCUUCUUCCCUUCGUCCCUGUGUCACUUUUGGAAGAGAAGGUUAAUCUCCUGGACCUACUAUCGCCAUGUCGACUGCGGAUCACGAGGUCGAGGUUGCUCGCCCUCCUACUUACAAUGACACCGUCCCCGUUGAGCAGCAGCAGGUCGUCCUGAACGAAAAGGCCGCCAUGGAUCUGGAUAAGGAGAACCUCUCCAUGACCCCCGAUGGCGGCGAACCCACCGAGGAUGAGAAGCGCUCUCUGCGUCACAUCGCCGAGAACCUGCCCGUCUCGGCCUGGUUGGUUGCCAUUGUCGAGCUGUGCGAGCGUUUCACCUACUACGGCAUGUCUGGUUUGUUCCAGAACUAUGUCCUGCGUCCUCUCGAUGGUAGCCAGGGCCGUGGUGCCCUUGGUAUGGGCCACCAGGGUGCUACUGGUUUGACCACUUUCUUCCAGUUCUGGUGCUAUGUUACUCCCAUCAUUGGUGCCAUUGUCGCUGAUCAGUACCUCGGCAAGUACAAGACUAUUGUCCUGUUCUGCGGUGUCUAUCUCGUUGGUCUCCUGAUUCUGGUCUGCACUUCCAUCCCUAGUGCUCUGGAGCACGGUGCUGGUAUGGGUGGUUUCAUCGUUGCCAUCCUUGUCAUCGGCCUCGGUACCGGUGGUAUCAAGAGUAACGUCGCUCCUCUGAUUGCCGAUCAGUACAAGCGGAAGAAGAUGGCUCUCACCACCACCAAGAAGGGCGAGCGCGUCAUCAUCGACCCUGCCUUGACCAUCCAGCGUAUCUACAUGAUCUUCUACGGCUGCAUUAACCUGGGUUCCCUCUCCCUGCUGGCCACUCCCUACAUGGAGCUGUACAUCGGCUUCUGGUCCGGCUACCUCCUCUGUCUCUGCAUGUUCGCCGCCGGUACUCUCGUCCUCCUCCUGGGCCGCAAGUACUACGUCGUCCGCCCUCCCCAGGGCUCCAUCAUCACCGACGCCUUCAAGGCCCUCUGGAUGAUGAUCCGCAACCGCAACAUGGACGCUCCCAAGCCCAGCUGGCAGCUCGAGCACAACGGCGUCGAGGCCACCCUCCCCUGGGACGACCACUUCAUCGACGAACUCAAGCGCGCCCUCGUCGCCUGCCGCGUCUUCGCCUUCUACCCCAUCUACUGGGUCGUCUACGGCCAGUUCUCCGGUAACUUCGUCACCCAGGCCGGCCAGAUGAUGGGCCACGGCAUCCCCAACGAUCUGAUGCAGAACUUCGACCCCAUCUCCAUCAUCGUCUUCAUCCCCCUCCUCGAGACAGUCGUCUACCCCCUCAUGCGCCGUCUGCGCAUCCCCUUCCGCCCCAUCACCCGUAUCUCCCUGGGUUUCAUCGUCGCCUCCCUGGCCAUGAUGUACGCCGCCAUCGUCCAGCACCUGAUUUACUCCGCCGGUCCCUGCUACGGCCACCCGCUCUGCGCUGCGUCCGAAAUCGACGGCACCGCCUACGGUAACAACGUGCACAUCGCCAUCCAGACUCCCGCGUACAUGUUCAUCGGUAUCUCGGAGAUUUUCGCCUCCGUCUCCGGUCUCGAGUACGCCUACACCAAGGCUCCCCCUCCAUGA